GCGUGUUCCGCUUUUGGCCAUGAUCCUUUGUGUGCCUUGCCAGUGUUUAUCAUCGUUUAUCCGCCAGCUUGUUGCUUUAUUUCUUUUUAUUAUUAUUUAUUUUUUGGCUUGGCUUUCGCGUGUGUGGGCGGCCAUCGUCGUCAUCAUCGCGGCAGCGCUGCUUUCGGUGUAACCCAAGCAAAUCCGCAGACGUCGCGACGUCUAUAUUUUUCAACACACUUUUGCAUUGCCUUAUUUGUCGUUUUUGUCUCUUACCGCUUGUUUUUGUUUUCUUCGCCGCCCCACCGCCCAAAAAUAGUUCGCGAGACCUUGACGUCCGCCUGCACAGAGGGAAAAAUUCAUAUAUCUCGGCCCAAGAUCAAUUUUAUUUUACUGAUGAUAUGCAAAACAUGUCAUUUUAAAUCCCCGAAAACAAUUGUUUUAUUUUGUUUUUAUUUUCCAAAACGUAGAACUGCGCCUCUAGAAUGAUCAAGCAAAAUUCUCAGCCCUUUGCAAAAUUAGAAUUCAGCCUUUUAGCAUGUUCUUGGCCCUAUGACUAUAUAGUUGGCAUACCUCGCUGGGAUGGCGAGGCCGAGGACGACGAGGGUAAUAGCAAGGGCAACGAUCGCAGCGAGUGCUUCUUUGCCGGCAAGGGGACCGCUUUGGUCCUCGCCCUCAAGGACAUCCCGCCCCAGCAGCAAAGCGAGCGCCGCCUGAGCACCGACUCCACCCGCUCGAGCAACAGCACGCAGAGCAACAACUCGGACAUCCAGCUCCAUCUGCAGUCCAUGUUCUACCUGCUGCAGCGCGAGGACACGCUCAAGAUGGCUGUCAAACUGGAGUCGCAGCGGUCCAACCGCACUCGCUACCUGGUGAUUGCCUCGCGUAGCUGCUGUAGAAGCGCCACCAGCGAGCGACGGCGCCACCGGAUCAUCCGUCACAAUUCGGCCAAGGUCGGUGGAUCGGCGGGCAGCACAGCGUCCUCCACGGCAACGGUCACCACGCAGCGUCAGCUGUCCGUCGAGCAGACCGCCACCGAGGCCAGCAGCAAAUGUGAUAGAUCAGCGGACAAGGAGAACGCAACGGCGGCCGGCGACAACAAGAAUACCUCGGGCAUGGAGGAGUCCUGCCUGCUGGGCAUCGACUGCAACGAGCGGACCACCCUGGGCCUGGUGGUGCCCAUCCUGGCGGACACCACAAUCCAUUUGGAUGGCGAUGGUGGCUUCAGCGUCAAAGUUUACGAAAAGACGCACAUCUUCAAGCCGGUCUCAGUGCAGGCCAUGUGGUCCGCGCUGCAGACGCUGCACAAAGUGUCGAAGAAGGCUCGUGAGAACAACUUCUAUGCCAGCGGACCCUCCCACGACUGGCUAUCCAGCUACGAGAGGCGCAUCGAAUCGGACCAAUCCUGCCUGAACGAGUGGAAUGCCAUGGACUCGAUCGAGAGCCGCCGACCACCUUCGCCUGAUGCCAUACGAAACAAACCCCCCGAAAAGGAGGAAACCGAAAGUGUCAUUAAGAUGAAGCUGAAGGCCAUCAUGAUGUCGGUGGAUCUGGACGAGGUCACCUCCAAGUACAUACGCGGGCGUCUCGAGGAGAUCCUGGACAUGGAUUUGGGCGAGUACAAGUCCUUUAUUGACGCCGAAAUGCUCGUGAUCCUGGGUCAAAUGGAUGCCCCCACAAAGAUAUUCGAGCACGUCUAUUUGGGCUCCGAGUGGAACGCCAGCAACCUCGAGGAGCUGCAGAAAAAUGGCGUUCGUCACAUCCUGAAUGUCACACGGGAGAUAGACAACUUCUUUCCCGGCACCUUUGAGUACUUCAAUGUGCGCGUGUACGACGACGAGAAGACGAACCUGCUGAAGUACUGGGACGACACCUUCCGCUACAUCUCGCGCGCGAAGGCCGAGGGCUCCAAGGUGCUGGUGCACUGCAAGAUGGGCGUCAGCCGGUCCGCCUCGGUGGUCAUCGCGUACGCCAUGAAGGCCUACCAGUGGGAGUUCCAGCAGGCGCUGGAGCACGUGAAGAAGCAGCGCAGCUGCAUCAAGCCGAACAAGAACUUUCUCAACCAGCUGGAGACGUACAGCGGCAUGCUGGACGCCAUGAAGAACAAGGAGAAGCUGCAGCGCAGCAAGAGCGAGACGAACUUGAAGAGCACAAAGGAUGCGCGGCUGUUGCCGGGCAGCGAGCCCACUCCCCUCAUUCAGGCGCUCAACCAGGCCAAGUCCAAGUCCACUGGCGAGGCGGAAGUCACGCCAGAUGGCGAGGAGGAUCGCCUGCAUCGCCGCUCCAGCGGCCAGAAGUCGCAGCGACGAAUGGUUCGGCGCUCCAGCAGCACUUCGCCCAAGACACAGACGGCUGUCGUGACCAAGCAGCAGAGCCAGUCCAUGGAGAACCUCACGCCGGAGCGCAGCGUGGCCGAGGAGCCCAAGAACAUGCGCUUCCCGGGCAGCAACGGCGAGAACUACAGCGUCACCCAGAACCAGGUGCUGCACAUCCAGAAGCACACGCCUCUGUCGGUGCGCACGCGGAUUCACGAUCUCGAGGCGCAGCAGCCCGUGUGGACAUCGCUGACCAAGCUGAUCACGCAGACUUCCCACCUGGGAGGUCAACCGCGCAGGGAUUCCAGCUCAUCGGAUGUGUUCUCCUCGCAGGUGGACAGUGUUUUCGCCAAGGAGGAGGGCGAGAAGCGGCAGCGACGCAAGACGCACUCCUGGACUGAGUCAUUUGGCCCCAGUGGCGGCAUCGUGCUGGAUCCCAAGCCACAGCAAUCGAGUGCUAUUCCGCUGCGUCCUCGGGGCACUCGGCAAAGGGAGCCUCCUUCGCGGCACGCCAGCUGGGGAUCGGGCGACAACCGCAGCAGCCUGCCGCCGCGAAUUAGUUCGGGUUCCUACUACGACAGCAACCGCAACACCACGGCCAUCUUCGAGGGCGUCAUUCAGGACCUCAAGCGCAGUGGCAAUUGCAAUGCGAUGGAAGGAUCAGUGGAACAGGCCGUGGGAGCUAACGAGGGCACUGUGAAGCGCACCAAGCAGAAGCUGGAGGAGAGUACCUCGCUGAAGAAGCGCUGCCAGGAGGACAGCAGCAGCCAGGAGCUGCUGCUCGAGACAGUGGAUGCGGGGCAAAGGCGUUGCCCGAGUCUCUACAGGAGCGCCUCGUCGGCGCACAGUCCACGGCAGCGACAGCCGCUGCGCUGCAACAGCGAGGAGCUGAUGCACACCAGCGACAUUGAGAACAAGAACACCACCACGCCCGGUGAACAGGAGGUAGUGCUGCGCGUUCCGGGCCAAACGCUGGCCGAGGAUCAGCGCAUUUCGGGCAAUGUGCAAAUACUCAAGCAGAAUUUUGAAGCCAAAGUGGCGGGCGCAGGAGGAGGAGGAGCAGGAGGAGUAGCGGUCAGUAGUUCAACGGCGACGGUGGUGCCAGCGAAUCCCGGCAAGAAGACGACCAGCCACCAAUCACUGCCUUCGUCGCCGGUGGCGCAGCAUGCCUCGAACUGCAACUCCAACUCCUCCGCCUCCAACUCGUCCGAUUCCAGCGUAAGCGAAAAUUGUGAUCGUAAUGUAAAAGGUCUAGUGCAUAAAUAUCAAACCACUACUUCCUGCAGUAGCCAGGCGGCGGCCACGCAGACAGUCGCCUGUGCCCCACUGCCAACCGCCGGAAGCAACACGAGCCACGCCUGCAGCAACACCAUUACCACCACCAGCACCACUAGCUUCAAGCAACGCCCGCACUCCCACUACGACCGCUCGCUAUCCAACCGAUCGACGCAUGAUUAUAGCGAGAGUCGUCCGCCUCCUGCGCCCGUACGCCUCAGUCACGCCAGCAACAUGCAACAGCAGCAGCUGCAACAACCGGAACAACAGCAGCAGGUGCAAAUCCGGCGGCUGGCGCAGCAUGGAAAGACGCAUCCGCUGAGCAGGCUAAGUGCUCCCAAAACGGGCUUCAACACCGCCGCCUACAACACCAUCCUUAUCCACAUGAUCCGCUCCUUUCCGCUACUCUUGGGCGGAGUACAAGAAGUGAUCCGGCCCCAUACCAACUGACUGCCGAAGCCACAGCCCAAACCCAAAAGUUCCCACCUUGAACACUUGUAUUUUUUGCUAUUUAUCAGACCGCAUAUUUAUAAAUAAAAAUGUGUAAUCCAAUUUA